AUGUUCGUCCAGAAUACCACCUUGACAACGAUCCGCUUGAGUCAAAAUCGACUUGGAGUCACCCAGCCACAAUCUCUGGCAUAUUGCAAGAAUUUGGAGGUUCUGGUUCUCAGUAAAACUGAGUUGGAGGGCAGGUUCCCUUUUUGGUUGGAAGCUCUUCCAAAUCUGCAAAUAUUCGACCUCUCCAACAACAACUUUUCGGGUCCACUUUCGAUUAAGUACACUGUCAACUUGAUUGCCAUGAGGAAUGAAGAGAGAACUCAGAUAAGUUGUUUACAAUAUAUGGGUGGGCAAAAUCAAUACUAUCAAGAUUCCAUUGUGGUAGUCAUGAAGGGGCUGGAGACUGAGCUAGUGAAGAUUCUUAUGGUGUUUACAGCCAUUGACUUCUCUAGCAAAUCUUUCGAGGGAGAGAUUCCAGAAGCCACUGGACAGCUACAGGCACUCAAGGGGCUAAACUUUUCUCACAAAAAUCUUACUGCCAUCAUCCCUUAUUCCAUUGAAAAUUCGGCUAAUGUUGAGUGGUUGGACCUGUCUUCAAACCGGCUCAUAGGGAAUAUUCCGAUAACAUUGGCACAUUUGUCGUUCCUUUCCUACUUGAAUCUCUCAAUGAAUAAACUAAUAGGACCUAUCCCUCGGAGCACACAGAUAUACGCAUUUAAGAGUGAUUCCUUUGAUGGGAAUCUUGGAUUGUGUGGCCAUCCUUUGCCAAAAGCAUUUGGGACUGACUCACAACAGUCACCGCCUUUAACUUCCCCUGAAGAUGAAGAGGCCGAAACCGUUCAUUGGAUUGAAUAG